GGGCUCCGCCGCUUGUCGCCUUCCCCGCCUCAGGCCCGGCUGGUUCCCUGCCUGCUCCGCCGCGGCGCGAGGUCUAUGUGACCGGCGGGCCGGGAGCAGCCGCUGCCGCCGCCGCCGCAGCGCGAACAUGGACGCCGUCAACGCCUUCAACCAGGAGCUCUUUUCACUUAUGGAUAUGAAACCGCCCAUCUCUAGAGCCAAGAUGAUUCUCAUCACUAAAGCUGCUAUUAAAGCUAUUAAGCUUUAUAAGCACGUAGUUCAAAUAGUAGAAAAAUUCAUCAAAAAGUGUAAACCAGAAUACAAGGUCCCAGGAUUGUAUGUAAUCGACUCAAUUGUGCGACAGUCUCGUCAUCAGUUUGGAACUGAUAAAGAUGUUUUUGGGCCAAGAUUCUCUAAAAACAUAACCGCCACAUUCCAGUAUUUGUAUCUUUGUCCAUCUGAAGAUAAGAGUAAAAUAGUUCGUGUGCUGAACCUUUGGCAAAAAAAUGGAGUGUUCAAAAUUGAAAUCAUUCAACCUCUUUUGGACAUGGCAGCAGGAACCAGUAAUGCCGCCCCAUUAGCAGAAAAUGUCACCAAUAAUGAAGGCUCUCCUCCACCUCCAGUAAAAAUUUCUUCUGAACCUCCACAAACCACUCCAAAUUCCAUACCUACUGUACCACAGCUGCCCAGCUCUGAUGCUUUUGCUGCUGUGGCUCAACUGUUUCAGACAACUCAAGGUCAGCAGCUUCAGCAGAUCCUUCAGACUUUUCAACAGCCUCCAAAACCACAGUCUCCUGCCCUUGACAAUGCUGUGAUGGCUCAGGUUCAGGCUAUCACAGCUCAGUUAAAGACAGCUCCUACACAACCACCUGAACAAAAAGCUGCUUUCCCCCCACCUGAACAAAAAACUGCAUUUGACAAGAAGCUGCUUGAUAGAUUUGAUUAUGAUGAUGAGCCAGAAGCUAUGGAAGAAUCGAAAAAAGAGGAUUGUGCUGCCAUUCUUCCUGCAGCACCUGCUGCUCCUGCCACAGCUCCUGUGCCUGCCGUGGCCACACCUGCCCCCUCCACUGCUGCCGCUGCCACGCCUGCCGCACCUGCCGCUGCCUCUUCUCCUCCACAGACACCAUUUGGGUUUCCUGGAGAUGGCAUGCAGCAGCCAACAUACACACAACAUCAAAAUAUGGAUCAGUUUCAGCCUCGAAUGAUGGGAAUACAAGACCCCAUGCACCACCAGGUCCCACUUCCUCCUAAUGGACAGAUGCCAGGAUUUGGACUUCUUCCCACACCUCCAUUUCCUCCAAUGGCACAGUCUGUGAUUCCUCCAGCUCCAUCCAUGCAGCAGACUUUCCAGCCCUCUUUUCAGCCACAGAAUGAACCACUUCCACAGAAGCCACAUCAGCAGGAGAUGGAAGUGGAACAACCAUGUAUUCCAGAAGUUAAGCGGCAUAUGUCUGAUAACAGAAAGUCAAGAUCUAGGUCAGCAUCCAGGUCACCCAAGAGAAGACGAUCAAGAUCUGGUUCUAGAUCGCGACGGUCACGUCACCGACGUUCGCGAUCUCGGUCCAGAGAUAGACGCAGACAUUCUCCUCGGUCCCGAUCCCAAGAAAGACGGGAUCGGGAGAAAGAGCGAGAACGUCGACAAAAAGGCCUUCCUCAGAUCAAACCAGAAACUGCAAGUGUUUGCAGUACUACUCUCUGGGUGGGACAGCUGGACAAAAGGACUACUCAGCAAGAUGUUGCAAGUCUCUUGGAAGAGUUUGGGCCCAUUGAAUCAAUUAAUAUGAUUCCUCCGAGAGGCUGUGCCUAUAUCGUUAUGGUUCAUAGGCAAGAUGCUUAUCGUGCCCUGCAGAAACUGAGCCGAGGAAACUAUAAAGUGAACCAGAAGUCCAUAAAGAUUGCCUGGGCCUUAAACAAAGGAAUAAAAGCAGAUUAUAAACAGUAUUGGGAUGUAGAACUUGGUGUUACUUAUAUUCCAUGGGACAAAGUCAAGCCCGAGGAACUAGAAAGUUUUUGUGAAGGAGGAAUGUUGGACAGUGAUACACUUAAUCCAGAUUGGAAAGGAAUUCCCAAGAAGCCUGAAAAUGAUGUGGCUCAAAAUGGAGGCGCAGAAACCUCACACACAGAACCAGUGUCACCCAUACCCAAGCCCUUACCUGUGCCUGUGCCUCCUAUUCCUGUUCCUGCACCUAUAACAGUGCCACCUCCACAGGUCCCACCACAUCAGCCAGGUCCUCCUGUAGUUGGUGCCCUCCAGCCACCUGCUUUCACGCCUCCCAUGGGAAUUCCUCCUCCAGGCUUUGGGCCUGGUGUUCCUCCACCUCCUCCCCCUCCACCAUUUUUGCGUCCAGGAUUCAAUCCAAUGCAUUUACCACCAGGGUUUCUUCCUCCGGGACCCCCACCUCCUAUAACUCCACCUGUAUCCAUUCCUCCUCCUCACACUCCACCAAUAAGCAUCCCAAACUCUACUAUCGCUGGUAUAAAUGAAGACACUACAAAAGACUUAUCUAUUGGAAAUCCCAUUCCAACAGUGGUGUCUGGGGCUAGAGGAAAUGCCGAGUCUGGUGACAGUGCGAAAAUGUAUGGCUCUGCUGUGCCACCUGCUGCACCUACGAAUCUGCCUACCCCUCCUGUAACCCAGCCUGUUUCACUUCUUGGCACUCAGGGAGUUGCACCCGGCCCUGUAAUUGGGCUGCAGGCACCAUCGACUGGUCUUCUGGGGGCCCGACCCGGCCUGAUCCCACUUCAGCGCCCUCCAGGAAUGCCUCCACCUCAUCUGCAGCGCUUUCCUAUGAUGCCACCUCGUCCCAUGCCACCACACAUGAUGCACAGAGGGCCGCCACCAGGACCAGGGGGCUUUGCAAUGCCACCACCUCAUGGGAUGAAAGGGCCCUUUCCUCCGCACGGGCCCUUUGUUAGGCCUGGUGGGAUGCCAGGGCUUGGGGGCCCAGGGCCUGGCCCCGGAGGUCCUGAAGACAGAGAUGGAAGGCAACAGCAGCAGCCCCCGCCACAGCAGCAGCAGCAGCAGCCACCUCCACAGCAACAGCCGCCGCAGCAGCCGCAGCCGCCACCACAGCAGCAGCCACCACCACAGCAACAGCCGCCACCAGCUCAGCAGCAGCCACAGCAGUUUAGAAAUGAUAACAGGCAGCAGUUCAAUUCAGGUAGAGACCAAGAAAGGUUUGGAAGAAGAUCUUUUGGAAAUAGGGUGGAAAAUGACCGCGAACGGUAUGGAAACCGUAAUGAUGAUAGAGAUAACAGUAACCGUGAAAGGCGAGAGUGGGGAAGAAGAAGCCCCGACCGGGACAGGCACAGAGACUCAGAAGAGAGAAACAGACGCUCUAGUGGGCAUCGAGACAGGGAGAGAGAUUCUAGAGAUAGAGAGUCACGCAGAGAGAAGGAAGAAAGCCGAGGAAAGGAAAAGCCUGAGGGGACAGACAGGGCCAGUGGGAACAAAGCCACUGAACCUCCCCUUAACCGAGGGGGCAUCGCAGACACUGCUUCAGAACUUGACAAGGGGGAGGCGGAGGCCACCGUGGGGAAACCUCCUGAAGAGUCUCCUGCUGAGGCUACCUCAUCCAUUGAACCUGAAAAGGAUUCUGGCUCAGCAGCAGAGGCUCCUCGCUAGACUGCAGCUUGUCCAAAUGUGACAGUGACACUUGCGGAAUAUAGAGCUUGAGGUGUACAGAUGCUGUAUUAUAUUUGCUCCGGCUUAUCACAGCCCCGCAGUAAUUGGUGGGGAGUUGUAAGCAAUUUGAUUGCUUCCCUUUUAUUUAAAAAUAGCUACAAAAUAACAAAAAAUACUGAAAUAUGAAUAAAUAUUACCCCUUUUGCUGUAACUUUUUAAAAGUUUUGACUUUAAAAAGUUUACAAAUCGUAAUUAGAAGUGCUCUCUAUUUUUUUUUUUUAAUUUAAGACAAGGUAACGGUGAAAGCUCCUCAACACAAUAGGGAUGUUUUUAAUAAACUCUAUUUUCGUAACAAACUUUAAUGUGUGCUAUUAUUCCUAUACUGCAUUAAGGUGGAAAAGGAUUGUUCACCAUCUAAGUUUGAGCUGUUAAUAAUGUAUUUGAGUCUAAAGUAGACUUAUUUGAUGGAAAUGGACAUUUUUAUGUAGUUCAUUUGUAAUUCUCUUGAUUCUUAGCAUUUCAGUAAGAAAAGUUAGUAAUAUUAAGUGAAAAGCUUGUUAGCAUUUGUAAUUUAGCCAAAGUUUUCUUCCACUUGCUUUGUAGUAUUAUUGCUCUAGUUAUCUGUAGAGAUUUCACUGGGGGAAAAUUGGAUUCCCGACAUGACACCUUGUACUAGUAAUUAUCUGAUAGCUGAUAGCCUGGGUAUUAGAAGACUGGGUGUUUAGGGUUUGUGGCUUUUGUUUGGAUCCCAUUAAAUUUUUCAAAAGGGUAAGCGUAAAUUGAAGUUACCAUUUCCAAUCUCAAAGCUUUUUUGUCUUAUGAUUUAAAUGAACCUGUUGUUUCCCAUAAACAUUUUUAACCUGCCUGGUAGGCAGAGAUAGGCAGCUUUUUGAAAAAUGAAAUGUUUUAUCUUCCCUGCUUCACAUGGUUGAGUUGCCUGCUGGUGACGUAGACUGAUGGUACAGGGCUUGCCUAGCACGUUUGAGGCCUAUGUACUGAAUUAAAUAGGUCAGCCAGGGACAGUUGUAGGUUAUCCAAGGAAUACCACAUGAAAACAAACACCAAAUCAAGCCUGUGUCUCAAAGUAGCUCAGAAAAGCUCAGAACCACUAGCCCAACACCAAGACGCAAACUGACACAGCCUGUUUCCAAGUGCUGAGCAGAUAACUUUUUGCCCCAUCCCCAGCUGAAGCUGGUUUGACUGGUUUGAAUAGUACUGUGCAGCAAGGUCUGUUAGGACAGGGAACUUACCCUAGGGCAAUAUUCUUGUAUUCUUGCCUUUAAAAAUCAAGAAAACUCCAUUUCUAAUCUGGACUUAAUGAAACUUAUUGUGGCCCAUCUUAGAAGUUUUAAAGUCCUAACUGAAACUGCUUUUGAAAAGAAACACUGAUGAUCAGUGUCAGGAUUUUCAAUUGUAUUUCCAAUUGAAAACCAUUGUAUUUGCACGUGAAAAAAAGAAAUCCAUUAGUACUGCCUGGCAGUGUGAUUAUACUUGAGACUUCCCCGAGUUAAUUCUAGUAUUUGCCUCAUCCCACAUAUGCAGCAAACUAAUACACAUUAAAUACUGUUAAAAUUUUCUGCCCCAUUGCUCAUUUUAACCACUAUAACCAUAUUGCUCUUUAUCGCUGUGUAAACUCUUCUAAAUGAUGUCCUAUGCGUUUGAUACAGUUCAUAUUUAAGAGGAUUACUCAUUUUAUCAUUUAUAUGAUUUUCAACUGAAUAAAAACACCAGUCAAAAAUA